AUGCCUGAUGACAACUGCACCCAGGUGACCCAGUUCACCUUCUCGGGGCUCACAGAGCACCCACAACUGAAGCACAUCCUCUUUGCACUCUUCCUGGGCACCUACGUGCUGACGCUAGCGGGAAACCUCAGCCUGACCAUCCUGAUCAGGGUCAGCCCCCAGCUGCACACCCCCAUGUACUUUUUGCUUGGUAGCUUGUCCUUCUUAGACAUUUGCUACUCCUCCACCAUCAGCCCCAAAAUGCUGCUGGACCUUCCAACCAAAACCAAAGCCAUUUCUUUUGCUGGCUGCCUCACACAGUUUUAUUUCUACACUGUAUUUGCCACAGCUGAGAUUUACCUGCUGGCUGCCAUGGCCUAUGACCGGUAUGUGGCCAUCUCCAAGCCCCUUCUCUAUGAAGUUGUCAUGUCUCCUAACGUCUGCAUGAGCCUGGUUGCUGUGUCCUACAUUGCAGGGUUUCUGAAUGCCAUCGUUCACACCAGUGCCCUGCUCCGGCUGUCCUUCUGCAGUCCCUCGGUCAUCAACAACUUCUACUGCGAUGCGCCACCGCUGUUUGUUGCUGCCUCCACUGACACGCGCUUCAACGAGGCUUUAGUGUUUCUGCUUGUGGGUGUCAACAUAUUUGCCAGCAACCUGCUCAUCUUCACCUCCUAUGCCUGCAUCGUGGUGGCCGUGAGCAGGAUGGGCUCUGCCGCAGGCAGGCGCAAAGCCUGCUCCACCUGCGCCUCCCACUUGGCAGCCAUCAUCAUUUUCUAUGUGUCUGGUGCUUUUAAUUACAUGCAACCCAGUUCAUCAAACUCACUGGAGAGCAAGAAAAUCUCAUCCAUCUUUUACACCAUUAUAGUCCCCAUGCUGAACCCCGUGAUUUACAGCCUGAGAAACAAGGAGGUGAAGCAUGCCCUAAGCAGUUUUAUCAGGAGGAAAACGUGCUUCUGA